AAUCUAGCUAGCUUCGUAGCGUUAGCGGUUUUGGAGAGUUUGGUUAACCCAGGUCCAGCCCCUGUACAAUAACAAAAUAUGUAUUUGUCAUACCGCACGUCAAUCAACAUUUAUUCAACAACCCUGUCGUCUGAUUGGCCGUUGCCGUUUUUACUUCCGUCCUACUUUCAAAUUUGUGUACGUUUUAUCUAGCUACCUAAGCUAAAGGUUAACAAGCAAGCGAGACAGCUAACCAAACAUCAUAAUCAUAUAGUGUUUAUUUGGUCGGUGUUCACUAUGGGCUUCUUUUCUCCAAUUAACAGUGACACAAAUUCCCACUGGAAAUACAACUAAAACCUAACAACUGUUUGAAAAACCUCCUAGUUAGCCAGCUAACAGCAGACUAGCUAACGUACGCUAUUCAUCACCACACCCAGGCAGUGACCGCAUGUCUUAUUUAGGUGGACUCCCAUUACUGUCCAAGCUGCCUGGAGAAUAUGCCUUCAGCGGAGGCAAAGCUGAAGAAGAACAGGAAGAGGAUAUUCAACCAGCUGAACGAAAACUUCAGAUGUGCCAACUGCUUCGACUGCCCAUGCUGCAUGCACACCCUGUCCACCCGGGCAACCAACAUCCCAGCCCCUCUUCCUGACGACCCCAGCAAGACGGCCAUGAAGAAGGCCUACUACCUGGCCUGUGGCUUCUGUCGCUGGACAUCCAGAGAUGUGGGCAUGGCUGACAAGUCUGUGGCCAGUGGAGGAUGGCAAGAGCCGGACAACCCUCAUACUCAACGGAUCAAUAAACUGAUAGAGUAUUACCAGCAGCUGGCCCAGAGAGAGAAACUGGAGAGGGACCGGAAGAAGUUGUCCAGGAGACGACCCUACAUGCCACUGGCCUUCUCGCAACACACUAUUCAUGUGGUGGAGAAGUAUGGUCUGGGUACCAGACUACAGAGACAGAGGCCUGGAGCUCCUAUCACCAGUUUGGCUGGUCUUUCUCUGAAGGAAGGUGAAGACCAAAAGGAGAUUAACAUAGAGCCAGCCCAGGCCUUAGAUGAGGUGGAACCACUGCCUGAAGACUACUACACCAGACCAAUCAACCUACCUGAGGUGACCACCUUGCGUCAGCGGCUGCUCCAGCCUGACUUCCAGCCUGCCGGAGCCUCUCAGCUCCACCCCAAACACAAACACCUGCUGAUCAAGCGCUCUCUGCGAUGCAGGAAAUGUGAGCACAAUCUGAGCAAGCCAGAAUUCAACCCAACCUCAAUAAAGUUCAAAAUCCAGCUGGUGGCUGUGAGUUACCUCCCUGAAGUCAGAAUAAUGUCCAUUCCAAACCUGCGCUUCCAGAAGGAGAGCCAGGUGCUGCUCACCCUGACCAACCCAGUGGAGAACAUUACCCACGUCACCCUGGUGGGCUGUGAGGAGGGAGACCCAGAGGACAUCAACAGCACUGCUAAGGUGAUGGUUCCAACCAAGGAGUUGGUCCUGGCAGGGAAGGAUGCUGCAGCAGAAUACGACGAGUUGGCUGAGCCUCAGGACUUCCAGGACGACCCAGACGUGGUGGCCUUCAGGAAAUCCAAUAAGAUUGGUUUCUUCAUCAAGGUGGUCCCUCAGCGCGAGGAGGACGGUGAUGUCACGGUGUCCUUUAAGAUUCGCCACGACUUCCGGAAUUUGGCGGCUCCCAUAAGGCCGAGCGAGGAGGACGAUGUCCCCACCGAGGCAAUAUGGCUCACACACCACGUAGAGCUCAGCCUGGGGCCGCUCGUAGCGUGAAGUUACACACACUGAAUACACACACACACACACACGUUAACACAAAAUGCAUAUAUACACUGAGUAUACAAAACAUUAAGAACACCUGCCCUUUCCAUGACAGACUGACCAGGUGAAUCCAGGUGAAAGUUAUGAUCCCUUGUUAAUGUAACUUGUUAAAUCCACUUCAAUCAGUGUAGAUGAAGGGGAGGAGACAGUUUAAAGAAGGAUUUUUAAGUCUUGAGACAGUUGAGACAUGGAUUGUGUAUCUGUGUCAUUCAGAGGGUGAAUGGGCAAGACUAAAGUUCUAAGUGCCUUUGAACAGGGUAUGGUAGUAGAUGACAGGCGCACCGGUUUGAGUCAAGAACUCCAACGCUGCUGGGUUUUUCACACCCAACAGUUUCCCGUAUGUAUCAAGAAUGAUCCGACACCCAAUGAACAUCCAGCCGACUUGACACAACUGUGGGACUAGAGUCAACUUUGGAGUUCAUGACCUGACGAAUUAAGGCUGUUCUGGUGGCUAAAGGGGAUGGGUGGGGGUUGCACCUCAGGUUCCUAAUGUUUGGUAUAGUCAUUAUAUAUUGUAGAGCAGUGUUGAGAGUGAACACACUAACAGACAAACACACACACACCGUACAUGCAUUGGAUCACAUAUCUCGUGCACACACGUACUCGACUAGUAACACUUCUCUGUACCACCAAGCAGUUCCAGAGACCCUUUCCUGCUUCACGCUUCAACUUAGGCAUUAUCUUCCUUCUCCUAAGGAUGAAGAAUAUUUACCUGCAUGCUAUGCCAGGCUACAUCUUAUCUACUAAUAAAUGUCUCUUAGGUGAUGUCAUUACUGUAACUCCUCUCUGGGUUGAAGGUAGGGUGAGACUGUCAUUACUGUAACUCCUCUCUGGGUUGAAGGUAGGAUUAAACUGUCAUUACUGUAACUCUUCUCUGGGUUGAAGGUAGGGUUAGACUGAGGAGUUAGGAGUUAUUUUGCUGUUGUCUUCAGUACUGAAGUCAGUCAGUUGUUCUAUUAGCAGUAUUGAAGUAGUGAGAUCUGUAAACGUGUCUGUCUGAGGUAAGAUACAUUACCUAAAAACACUAUCGAUCAAUCGUACAUUUUCAUAAAAUGUAAAGUGUGUGUAUAUAUAUUCAUUGGAUGGUUUGUACUGAAGAUCUGACCAACAGUGGCUGGUUGCUGUGCAUUGUGGUUCACUGGCACUCAUUUUAAUUUGUCUCUGUGUGAAGUCUAGAAGGAAUUCCUCGGGUUUGUUAGACAGAGCCUUUACAACACGGUUAAUCUGUACUGGCUAAUAAAAUAAUGUCAGAAAAACA